AUAGACAUGGAUAAGAAGUCCACACAAAGAAGUCCUGAAGAUGCUGGGACUGGCAGAUACAAAGGUAAACACAAGCAAAAGGAAAAAAAAAAGCAAAACCAAAAACACCACCGAUCUCGACAUAGAUCAGUAAUAUCUUAUUCUUCAGAUGAUUGUGUGUUUCCUUCUUCUUCAUCAUCUUCUUCAGGAAGCCAGACUGAUUCAAGUACUGAAGAUACUACCAGAGGAAAAAUUAAGAGGAAGAGAGCAGAGAAAAAGGAAUAAAUGGAAAAAAAAAAGAAAUGGUAAGUAAUUGUGAAUGAUUUAAUAUAAGAAUAAGAUUUGGCUAUUAAAGGAUACUGUACUUUAUUAAUUAAGGAGCACAAAAUGUACAGAGAAUUUUGAAGAGAUGUAAGGCAGAGAAUGAUUAACAUAGUAGUUAACAUGGUGAUACCAAGCUGAUAGGGUUCUUUUUCUUUUUUUCAAAUAUAGUUUUCUCAGAAAACUAUACAGACAGGUAAAACCUUGCAAUUGCAAUUCAUUAGAUUCUUUAAAAUUUUUAUGUUUAUAUAGUUACAAAAAUAGCAUAUGUACUUUGAAAAAA